CGGAAGUGGAAACGGACACCAUACCCAGUCGGACUGUAUUGGCACAGACACACCUCUCCGUAGCAAACCCUGCUCAGCUGCCAGAGCUCCCUGGGUCAGCACAUUCCUUGUAGCCUAGCUGUACUACAUUUAUGUGGUAUUUUUUAAAGCUAUAAGUUGCAUAUAUCUACAGCCUGUUAUAAAAAACACACAUUAACACGAUGGUUCUACUUACAAUGAUUGUUCGGGUGGCAGACGGAUUGCCUCUUGCAGCGUCAAUGCAAGAAGAUGAGCAGUCUGGUCGGGACCUACAGCCGUAUCAAACUCAAGCUAAGCAGCUAUACCGUAAGCUCAACAGUGAAAGUCCCAGUAGAUGUACUUUAGAGGCGGGGGCCAUGAACUUUCACUAUGCCAUAGAGAAAGGUGUUUGCUACCUCGCCUUGUGUGAAGCUGGUUUCCCCAGAAAACUUGCUUUUGCGUACUUGGAGGACCUCGAAACCGAGUUCAGUGAGCAGUAUGGGAGGAAGGUGCCUGUAGUUUCACGGCCCUAUUCCUUCAUUGAGUUUGACACAUAUAUCCAGAAGACAAAGAAGUCAUACAUCGACAGUCGAGCACGAAGGAACUUAACCAGCAUUAACACGGAACUGCAUGAUGUCCAAAGAAUUAUGGUCGCAAAUAUCGAGGAGGUACUUCAGAGAGGAGAAGCCUUGUCAGCAUUGGACUCCAAAGCCAGUAAUUUGUCCAGCCUCUCCAAAAAGUACCGCAGUGAUGCCAAGUACUUGAACACUCGUUCCACAUACGCCAAGGUGGCAGUCGGCGCGGUGUUUCUGAUCACGCUCAUCGUGUAUGUGCGUUUCUGGUGGCUCUGAGACCACCAAAUUAAGGAACUUUUAUUUGUUCUGAGGACUGUCAGGUGACGACUGUUCACUGGGGGCUCCAGAGAAGUUCCCAUAACUGAUGCCUUGGACUGUGAUGUGUGCUCUGAAUGUGCUUACACAUGUUUGUAUUGAAAUGUACAAAUAGAUGUGGUCAAAUUCAUUUAGUUGACAUUCAGUAUGUUAAGACAUUUUCACCAGUGUCGCUUGGAAUCUAGAUAGAAUUUUGAAAUACAUCUGACUUCGAAUUGUUAAUAGCUUCUUAUUAAACCUGUUACUUAAUGUGAUGUUACAAGAUAUUUAUGACAAAAUGUGUUAAACCGUUGUAGCAAUCCCAUUCUACAAGUUUAAAUGCAUUUUGUUAAUUUGAGAUUUGAGAAAGAAAAAUAAGGACACAUAACUAACUACGGACAUUCUUUAUUGUGCAGAAAUAUUUUUAUAUAAAACAAAUGGAAAUUC